UAGGAAAAUUAUUAAGGAAAAUUCGUUAAUUUGCAGUAGCGUUGACAAUGUAAAAUUAUUUGGAAUUUUAGUGUUGUGGGACCAUGCAGAACUACAAGAUCGUGUUUUGCUUGAUUUUAUUAUGGAUCAAUUUUUUUCAAAGUUUUGUGUUUGUUGUGGUUGGUGAAUCAGAAAAUUUGAAUUUAAAUAGCGAUAUGUUUCAUUAUUGUAAUUUAACUGAUACAGAAAAAAGGGCUGUGAUGGUUAUAUCGAAUAAUGAAAUGGAUCCUGAACGGGCUGAAUCGCAGUUACCUGCAAAUCAAAAUGAUAUUAACGACGUUUUUUGCAAAGUAUCUGUUAAUGAAAACUGCAAAAGAAAGCUCUUUCUAAAUAGUCCAUGGAAGCACGAUUAUUUCAAAAAUUUUGUUGACAUUCCAAUAAUUAGAAAAUUGGAAGACUAUCCUUCAAUAAAAACUAACAAUACAAAUUUAUCCAAAGCAGUUAAUCAAACAUUCCACAAUAAUAUUUCAUUUUCUGUGUUACAUCGCGGUGGAGAUCCUCGUGCAAUAUUAAUUUAUUUAUGGGAUAAUAGCGUCAUAAAAACAAUUAUAAUUUCUCAACAAGAAAAUUCAUCGAUUUUUAGAAUAUCAUCUGAAGACGAUUGUCCUUAUGAAAAAACAGAUAAUAUAGACCUUACAACAUGGAAUAAUUUCACAUUAACAUUGCAGGAAGAAAAUCUUACACUAACCGAAGAAUCUAAUAAUUUCACUUUUUCAUACCCCCAUAAUGGAUUUAAACCAACACACUUUGCAUUUGGAAGUAGUAAUGCUGCAAAUUGGAAACUACUCUCUUAUGGCCUCUUUGCCUCCAACUCAAAUGGAAAUACAACUAUUCCUGUAGCAACAAAUGGAAACAAUCAAGAAAUUUGUAUAGCAAUUUUGGUUGGAACCUGUAAUAAUUCCAAUCUUACUUUAGAAUUACUCGGAGAAAACGACAAUGUUUUGGAUAGCCAAUCCCCAAAAAAUAAAAACGAAUGGGAAGAGCUACAAUUAAACGCGAUCGCAAAUAAAACAAAAUUGAAUGUAGUGUUAAAAGCGGACUCUUGUUACUCUCAUAUCGGCGAUAUUAGAAAUUGUAUAAAUGAGACCGCAAGUAUGGAAGUAAAAACGAAACUUGAAAAUGUCAGCAUGAACGUCUUACCUCAAACAAGAAAUUUGAAAUCUAAAUCUUUACAAAACGAAUUAAAUGAAAAAUUUCCUAAAUGUGAAUUGCAACAAAAUGGCACUAAAUUAUUAAUUAAUCUAAAACAAAACGAAACGCCAAGUUUUGAAUUUUAUUAUCAUUUGGUGAUAAAUUGUAGCAAUGAAUGGUGUACUCAACGUAGCACACAAAGAUCUAAUAUAACUGUAAAUGACACAAAUGUAGAAGCGGAUAUUGAGUACGGACUAUCUGAUUAUACAGUUUAUUUAGGAAUCUAUGAGAAGGAAAACGAUACUAAUGUCCUGUAUAAAAAUAUAUGUUCUAUAACAACAGGACCAAUAGCUCCACGUCCAAUUAGAGAAAUAAGGGUUUAUGAGGAAACCAACACAUCAGUUUCCAUUAGAUGGCCUGAACCUUAUCCAAAAAAUGGCAUUUUGGAAUUAAUCACAAUUGAGUAUAAAAAAAAAGAUAAAGGGGAUUUUGGAAAUAUUGCUAGCGUAGAAUGGAUUGAACGUAACAUAACUAAACCAAAAGCAUGUGAAAUUUGGGAGAGGAAUUUUUGUGUAACUCUUCAUAAUUUAACCAUGAAUGAAAAAUAUUCUAUAAAGAUAAAAGCAAAAAAUAAGGACGUAGAAGAAUUUUCCAACGUUGGUACUAGUGUGGAUGCAUUGACAACAGAAAAUGCUCCAGCAUCUCCCAUUGAUUUAACUACAAUUUGGGAUGAUUUUUUAAAUUUAACAAUCAAUUGUUCGUAUCCUUCGGACGUCAAAGGACCAAUUCGUAAAUUACAUAUUUUCAUUAACAACACGGAAACGAUUUUCGACAUUCCAAGUACCACGAGAAAUUAUUCUUUCAAUAUAGACGCCUUGAAUUACAGCUCUACUCGCCAAGAAAUAAUGGUAUUAUUUUCAAAUUUUGCGGGAAAAUCCAAGUCUAUAAAAGAAAUUGUAAUUAUUCCACCAAGAACACCCAUUUUACGUGAUGGCCUAAUUAAAGAAACUGACGAAAAUGUAUUUGUUGAUUUGAGUUUAAUAGAAAAUGUACACAACAAAAGCGAAAUUUACGUUUACUACAUCGAUAAAAAAUCCAACAUAACUCUUAAUAAAAAUUGUAACGAUUUUGACAUCCUCGAAAAUAAACCAACCAAAAAGAUUAUAAUAUAUCCCAACAACAAUAAAACAACUACUUUAACAAAAAAUAAUGAAACUUCACAAUGCAUUAUCGUAAUUUUCGUAAAAAAUUCUUUUGGAAAUUACUCAAGAUGCUCAACAUAUAGCGAUAAACCAAUUUUCAGUAAAAAAGAUACUCGAAAGUCUCCAACUCAUAAUUCAGCAUCAUCUGAUAAUAUAAUUGUAAUUAUCGUCGUGUUACUUUUAGUACUUAUAACGUUGAGUGCUACUAUUUAUAUGUACAAAACAAAAAGAAUCACUUAUAAACCCGAUUGGGUUGACACAUUUCUUCCUCAAACGCGAACAACAACUGUACCAAACAUAGCGUAUAAAAAUGAUGCAGUGUUAAUCCCGCUUUCUAAUAACCCGAAAUUUUCUCAAGUGGUUCAAGUAAAAGAUUUUAUGAAUUAUGUGAACAACGCUAUACAACAAGGUGUAUUGUUUCAAGAAUACACGACGAUCGAUGAAUUAAACGAUAAAUUCGAUACUGCGGCUGGAUUAGACCCAAAUAAUUCUAAAAAGAAUCGAUACAAAAACAUAAUUGCUUACGACAAAACCAGGGUGAAAUUAUCAAAUAUCACGUAUUCUAACACAAGCGAUUACAUCAACGCCAAUUACAUCGAUGGUUUUAAUAAAGAAAAAGCGUUCAUAGCUGCUCAAGCUCCAACAGGAUUCACCGUCGCCGAUUUUUGGAUGAUGAUUUGGCAAGAAAACGUUCAAUGCAUUGUAAUGUUGUCGAAAUUAAUUGAAAGCGGAAAGCCUAAAUGUGAAAAAUAUUGGCCGAACGAAUUAGAAACGUUUAAAUUCGGCGAAAUCGCCAUUAAAUGUAUUGAUAGUAAGGGAUUUGGUGACAAUGUAACAAUUAGAACUUUUGAGAUAUAUUCAGAAUCGACAAUGCGAAAAUUAGUUCAAAUUCAUUACGAAGGGUGGUUAGAUAAAGACGUUCCCGUAUCAACUAGCGGAAUUGAAAACGUUUUGCAUAAAAUGAAAAAUUAUGAAAAUGAAUGCCCCAUUGUGGUUCAUUGCAGUGCUGGUGUUGGUCGAACCGGAACCUUAAUCCUUGCAAACAUCGCCAUAAACAUGGCUAAAGCGACGGGAAUAAUCGAUAUGCCCUCAAUUUUGUACGAUUUGCGACAACAACGAACCAAAAUGGUACAAACUUUCGAUCAAUACGUAUUUGCGCAUCAAGUUGUAUCCAAUAUUAAAGCACCUAUUUAUGCUAAUGAGUGAUAAGAUAAAUAUUUUAAUAUGCUACUUUAUAUUUAUUGGAAAAUAUAUUAGCUUAAAUAAAGAAAGGAAAUAAUAAAACAAAGUGACAUUUCAUUAUAUCCAUCUUUGUCUAUUUUAAGCCCGUUUGUUGACAUCGCGGCUUCAUCCACAUGGUUUUAUAAGUCAUUGGUGUUAAAGAGGUUAAAAAUGACGCAGUGAUAUAAGUGUCUAAAAAAAAAUCUUCCAUGAAAAAGUUUUGAAGAGGAAUUAUGACCACAGUGGGAAAUAUAGGGUUAGGAUUAUUAAUAUUAAUCAUAGUUUGGAUAUUAACCUGUGUUAUUUUUGUGUAUUCAGUGCGUGUGCAAAGUAACAUUGGUUGGAUUUCUUUAGCUGUUGCUACAUUGAUAACUAUUAUCUUAAUUGUUAUUCCAACAGAAACGAAACAAGAAAUUACAUCAAUAUCUCAAACGG